AUGACAGCUCCACCGCACUUCUUCAUCCCUGCUGUGAAAAGAUAUGAGAGAUUGCGACCAAUCAGCGGAGCGUCUGUCAGUCAACACGAACCUGUGACCAGGGGGCGCCAUCAUUGUAAUGAGGAACAAUCCUCCCAGCGGGGAGGGACCGUGGAGCCGUUGAAGUGUGAUUGGAUGGGCUUUAAAAGCACCACACUGAGCUUCAGCCAUAAUUAUUUGCUCCUUUUUAAGGAACAGCGAAUUUCUAUUCGACUUCAGAACCCAAAUCACUCGAACCUCAAAAUGACGCACGAGACAGAGGGUGAUAAACCGACGCCAGCGAAACUAGGCAAGUCAUCGUUCAGCAUCAGCAGUAUUUUAGGAAAGGAUGAAGAUAACGAAGCCGUUGGAAAGGAUUCAAAACCAGCGAGUGAGGAAUCGAAAGGAAAAAAGACUGCCGAGGCUGUCAUUUCCGGACCAGAUCCAGUGCUUUACCAAAAUUUUCUGACAAGCUCGGGAAUGACUUAUCACCCGGGCCUGGCACUACCUUACUACCCCCAAUCUCACUUCCCGGCACCAUGGAACCUGUGGUACUCGGGCAGUCCUAAUGGCCAAAGUAAAGCUGCCGGAAAAUCCCCACCGUUGGACAUGUGCUUCAAAGGCUCCCUGAAACGAAGUCGCUCCCCAUCGGCGGACGGUUCGGAAAUGCGCAACACAGCUUCUCCGUCAGUGUCUGAAUCUGGAUCCACCGGGAGCCUGGAGACUUCAAAGACCGGAGCCAAUUCCACGUCCCAGGUAGAUCGCCGCUUGUCUUUGGAAAGUCUCGGGGACGACGACGACAGGGCAGGAGAUGAAGGAAGUGACCAGGACGAUGGCUCCAAGUGUCAGAGAAAAAAGAAAACCAGAACGGUUUUUUCUAGAAGUCAAGUGUUCCAACUGGAAUCUACAUUCGACAUGAAACGCUACCUUUCUAGUUCCGAGAGGGCUGGAUUAGCGACGUCUUUGAACCUCACUGAAACUCAGGUGAAAAUCUGGUUCCAGAACCGCCGAAAUAAAUGGAAGAGACAGUUGACUGCAGAUAUGGAGGCGGCUAGCUUGGCUCAGGCAGCCUCUAACCAGAGACUUGUACGCGUGCCUAUUCUGUACAGGGACGAAUCCGAGCUUCAUGGCAUGAGUUCAUCACACACGACGAAGCCAUCUUUAACGGCGGCAGACUUAAGCCAGAGCUUUCCCUCCCCUUUGUCAUCGCUCCACGCUCAGUAUUAUUCCCACGCCAUGGCUGCAUUACCUGCGCACCUGAGAACUUUACACCGGGUAUUGUAA